AUGAUUGAAACGAUUGCUACGAAGCCUUUUGAAGGCCAACGCCCUGGUACCUCUGGCUUGCGUAAGAAGGUGACCGUUUUCCAGCAACCGGGCUAUUUGGAGAAUUUUGUCCAAGCCACUAUGGAUGUCGUGGAACCGUCCUCCAAGGGCUCAAAGUUAGUCUUGGGCGGUGAUGGUAGAUAUCUGAAUGACCAUGCCAUUCAAGUCAUUUGCUCGAUCGCUGCCGGAAACGGUGUCGAAAAGCUAGUCAUUGGUGUUGAUGGCUACUUGUCCACUCCUGCCGCUAGUCAUAUUAUCCGCAAAUACAAGUUACAUGGUGGUAUUAUUUUAACUGCUUCUCAUAAUGCCGGUGGUCCCAACAACGACUUUGGUAUCAAAUAUAACCUUAGCAAUGGUGCUCCCGCUCCCGAGGGAGUGACUGAUAAGAUGUACUCGAUCACCAAGACCAUUUCUGAAUACAAGAGAGUUCAAAUCCCCCAAGUUGACUUGAGUACGGUUGGUGAACGCAAGUAUGGUCCCUUGACGGUAGAAAUUAUUGACCCUGUCAAGGACUAUGUGGAGUUUAUGAAGCAAAUUUUUGAUUUUAAUUUAAUUCGCAGCUUUAUUUCCAAGAACCCCGACUUCACAUUUGUUUUCGAUGCUCUUCACGGUGUAACUGGUCCCUAUGGAUUGGCCAUUUUCCACAAAGAACUUGGAUUACCCGAGAACUCUUGUGAUAACUGCCAGCCCUUAAAGGACUUUGGUGGUGGCCAUCCUGAUCCCAACCUGACCUAUGCCAAGUCUUUGGUUGAACGGGUGAAGCGCGAAAAGAUUGUGUUUGGUGCCGCUUCCGAUGGUGAUGGUGAUCGAAACAUGAUUUACGGAUACGAAUCGUUCGUUACCCCUAGUGACAGUGUUGCUUUGAUUGCCCACCACGCGGACUUGAUUCCCUAUUUCCGCGAAGGAGGUAUCCAUGGCUAUGCUCGUUCGAUGCCCACCUCAGGAGCCAUUGAUUUGGUUGGUAAAUACAAGGGCAAGGCUGUUUAUGAAGUGCCUACGGGAUGGAAGUUCUUUUGCAAUUUGUUUGAUGCAAAGCGCUUGUCUGUUUGUGGUGAAGAAUCCUUUGGAACGGGUAGUGACCACAUCCGUGAGAAGGAUGGUAUGUGGGGUAUUUUGAGUUGGUUGAACAUUUUGGCAGCUUUGAAUGCACAAAACCCCAAGAUCAAGACGAUUAAGGAUGUGAUGAAAGAUUUCUACAGCAUUUAUGGACGAACCUUCUUUACACGUUAUGAUUAUGAAGAAUUGGACGGCGAGGGAGCAUCCAAGGUGAUUCAAAAGUUCCGUUCGAUUGUGGAAGCGAAGGAUGCUACAGGCAAGGAAGUUGCCCCAGGAUUUGUGAUUGCAAAGGCAGGAGAUUUCGUGUACCAUGAUGUAGUGGAUGGAAGUGUGAGUGAGCACCAAGGAUUGUAUGCCAAGUUUGAGAACGGCAGUCGAAUUGUGACUCGACUUUCGGGAACAGGAUCUAGUGGAGCAACUUUGCGCUUGUACAUUGAGAAGCAUGAAUCUGAUGCUAGCAAGUAUGAGGUGGAUACACAAGAGGCCCUGAAGCCAGUGAUUGGAGUGGCAUUAGAUUUACUGUCUUUGGAAGCAUUGACGGGAAGAAAGGAGCCUACAGUAAUUACGUAA